AUGGAGAAGCUCAAGUGUGGGCCCCUGGUCGAGAUCCGGGGCAACGACAUGGCACGCGUAGUCUGGAACCUCCUCCGGGAGAGGCUCAUCGAGCCGUACGUGGACGCCGACCUGAGGGUGUUCGAUCUAUCAAUCGAACAUCGCAACCAGAUCAACGACACUGUCACCCGGGAGGCCACCCAGGCGCUCAAGAUAAACAAUGUGGGCUUCAAGUGCGCCACCAUCACGUCCGAGAAGGACAUUCUCGAGAACUACUAUUUGAAGCGCACGUGGUUGUCGCCUAGCGCCGUCAUUCGCAACGCCCUCGAUGGCGCCGUCUUCCGGGAGCCGAUGGUCUGCCGCAACAUCACUCGGCUCGUGAAGCAGUCGCGUAAGCCCAUCAUCAUCGCGCGCCACGCGUUCGGCGACCAGUACAACGGCAAGGACUUUGUGGUCCCCGGACCCGGCACGCUCCAGAUCAAGUACUCGUCCAUCAUCGGAGUACCCUACAACCUUGACAUCGCGCACUGA